CUGACUGUCAGCUCUCUCACUUGUGAGGCUGCCUUAGAAGUGACUGCAGCCUCGAAAAGCAACUGCAAUGGAAAAACCUGUGCAGGCAGAAAAUAUGACAUCCGCAAUGCCGUGUGCUGUGAGAAUCAACUCUAUCAUGGGGCAGGGCUGUCAUGCUGUGGAAGGACGGCUUACAACCCUGAAACAGCCACCUGUUGUAAAACAAGUGAUGGAUCCACCCAAACAGUUACAGAGGGUGCAAGUGAAAAGGUGUCCGAUUGCUGUGCACUGAAAGCCUACAACAAACUCAAUGAAAUAUGCUGUCAGUCAACCGUCAUAGCCAAACCUGGGCCAAAGGCCAAAUGCUGUGGCAAAGAGGCUAUUGAUGUGGAUGAGCAGUUGUGCUGUGGACAGCGUCGGAUGAUCCUGAAGAAAAAAUCAAGUGACCACCUGUGUUGUGGACAUGACCAGUUUCACAAAAAGACUGAGUGCUGCUGUCCAACGAAGGGCGGUCUUCAAGUACAACCCCUACAGUCCAGCUGCUGCAAGAAGUGUGGAGCGGAGCGCUACAACGAAUUCACCCAACUUUGCUGUCAGUCAACCGUUGUAGAGAAACCUGCGCAUGCCAAAUGCUGCGGUGAAAAGGCCAUUAAUAAACACACGCAUUUGUGUUGUGGUCCGGGUAAACUGAUCCUAAAGAGAGAUUCCAGAGACCACGAAUGUUGUGGGCAUCGCCAGUACAAUCAAAGGACUCAGUGCUGCUAUCCAACAAAGGACGGUCUUAAGAUAUCACCCAUCCAUUCCUGCUGCUCAGGUGUGCAACAACAGAAACCUACACCCCAACCCAUCUGCAGAGAGCCAAACUCAAAACUCUGUGGGUCAACAUGUUACAAUCCAAAUGAUUCUCGCUGCUGUGAGAGAAACCAGGGAAACUCUCAGUGGUGCUGCGCUCCAGGUCAAUGUGAUGGUACUCCAAGUGUGUAUAACCCCGACACACAUAUCUGCUGUGAUGGCUGUGUAUCUGAGUGGAACCCUUGGAAAGAUCAAUGCUACGGAGGGACAGCAAACGGCCCGGAUCUGCGUGGACAUCUCUGUUGUAAUAACACCUUGCACACGGACGGAGAAGACAGAGAGGAAUGUUCAGAGGUCGGUACUUCUUACAGCCCAGCUAAAGAGACUAUGUGUUGGUCUAAGUUUCAUGACCAACCUGGACAAUACUGCUGUGGGAAAGAAACCUAUCACUCUGAUGCUGAGAUCUGCUGCAAUGGACACAGUCAUCAAAAAACAGAAAACACUCACUGCUGUGGGGUAGCAGCUUACAACAUUAAAGACCCACUGAAGAAAUGCUGCGCAGGGACAUUGUAUAACCUCACGAUUGGACAUGAGGCGCAGUGCUGUGGAACCAUUUUGAAGACCUCAAACCAGAGUGUUUGCUGUUCGAGUGAGGACAAAGUGGUGCUCUACUCAACCAAGACGGGUUUCGGAUGCUGCGGUCAUCUGUAUUAUAACUCCUCUCUGUGGUCAUGCUGUGCAGGGAAGCUGAGUCCAGUACGCAGACCAAGCAAGACAAUCAUUGAGACCAGACUUCUGUCAGUGAACAAUCUAAAGGAAGAAGAUCUUUGCAACACAAUACAUAUCGGGACUGUGGAACGUGUGUCUCUGUCUAGCAUCAUGUUCAAGGCUGCACUGAAAAUCCAUGGACGAAAUGCCACUGUGACACCUCUGGCUUCACCUUACAUCCUAAGACAUGAUCGCUGCAGCUCCCCCAAACUGACCCCUGGGAAGAGCUACUUCUUCAAUGAAGUUAAUGUCUUUGCUGAUGUCAACCAUGACUCUACUCACCAGUCACUCCACUUCAUUUUUUCCAAGUGUUACCGUCAUUAGGUCACCACUGUAGCUGUUACCAACACCAGUUAAUUUGUUCCUAUAUACAUGGUCAGUUUACUUGAAAAAAAAAAAAUGUAUCAGUCACUCAUUAGUCAUUGUGAAGUAAUGACUAAUGAGUGACUGAUACAUUACUAUUGAUAACUACCAAUAUUUGGCAUCCUUUGUGAUAUGUGGAGGUAUUCACUGACCAAUACUGACUGUCCUUGUCCUGGGCAGAUCCAGAUUAAUUUAAAAAUAUGAAAUCUGUCCAUUGUGAAUGUAUCAGCUGAGGCAUAAUAGCUAAUACAUGCCCGACAGUCUGUUCGCAGACAGACACCAAAUAAGCCAACUCACCAAAAUGCCAAGGUAGGGAAACAUUAUGAGGAUUUUUAACUCCAAUGCUUUUCUGAGUUUUAAAAUGUAGUCACCACUGUUAUGCAAACACUCCACCACGGACCCAAAAUAACAACAAAAAGACACCUUUAAAACUAUCAAACAUAAUUGAUAGGAUAGGAUUUUUAAACAUAGGAUUUUUAAACAUAAGAUAAGCAAACAAGGCAAUACAAAUCCCAAGCAGAGAGGUAGCAAGAUCAGCAGUACCAACACCAGAGGCAUCUCCUCCCUGCUGCUGUCAAUAAGCUUUUAAGUAGCUCCCUCACAGGCCAGGUGCACCUCAUCUAGACACACACACCUGGGCAAAGCUGCAGUACAGAAAAGGGACAACAUUACAGAACACACAGACAUAAGACUACUAAAGAAAUGACUGUGGUUCUGCAUGGUGACACUCAUCUGUAGAGUGUGAGGAUUUCUACUACGAUUCAAGAUUUAAGUUUUACGUAAAAGAUGCUCUUUGCAGGAAAACUAGCUUACUUCAAGUGUGCAUUACAUCACUGCCUUAAAGAGAAAUAUAAUGUGAUUACCACCAAUACUACAUACGUCUUUGCCUGCUGGUAGCUGGUAGCUUGCAAGGAUAUUAAUUUGUAGCUUGAUUUUCACAUAAGCUAUACAGCUAUCAGCUAUGUGAUUUGGUUUUUGUAAGAAUCUACUGGUCUUUGUUAUUUUUAUUCUUAAUUAUUUUUAUUCUUGAACUACACUAUAUAAUAAAUGGUAGUCGUUUGCACACGUUCUUCCUCAUUCAGUUGGAUGUUUACAUUGAAAUGGCAGGAUUUAUCAUGUCAUGAUUUUUAAAGCUCGUCAUUGAAAAGCAUUUCUUCAAAAUAUCAGCUAUAAAAAUAUGUAACAAGACCAAAGUCAUAAUUAUCCAAAAAUUCAGCUGUGGUGCAUCAAAUCUACAUUUCUCAAUAACUACUUAUUUCUGCUCUCUGUUAGCUGCAUUUAGACUGCAGUUUUUUUGUUGUACUGUGUAUGCCUUGUAUUGUAUGUGAAUGGCAUUCAUUUCAGAUAGAAAGCCUAUUUUCAUUAUACCAAAAAUAUCUUUAUAUCUAUACAUCUAUACUAAAUUAAAAAUUGCAUGUUUAAAUAUAUUUGAUGACAUCUUGUAUCCAAUUUAUAUCACAUGUUUAUCUUUGUCAUGUAUCACAGUACCUACUGUCAGUGCUUUAUAUUUUAUACAAUUAUCUAAAUAAAAAUACAGUUAUAAUGAAA